AUGAGCACCAGCAAUUUGCCAUCAUCUAGUGGAACUACGGAUGAUAUUAGUGGUUGCACCUAUGGAAUCAUAUUCUCUAUUGGUACUUUCCUUCUGAUUCUACUCAUCACUUUCGCUUGCAUCUGGAAUCGUUUACCACACAACCAGUCAACUCAUCCAAUCCCAAUCACUUCUCUAAGAACCAGUGAUCUGAAUUCCAUAACAAUUCUUGAACAAGGUCUCGACGAAGCCACUCUCAACAGCUAUCCAAAGCUCGUGUACUCACAAAUAAAGGGUACCUCACCAGCUUCUUGUUGCUCCAUAUGCUUGGUGGAUUAUAAAGAAACUGAUAUGCUUCGAUUGUUACCUCACUGUUCUCAUCUCUUUCAUCAGAAUUGCAUCGACCCCUGGAUAAGGUUACACCCAACAUGUCCAGUUUGUAGAAAAGCACCAGUUCCAGCCCCACAUACAAUUAUUGCAGGGGUGGACCCUUUGGCAACAACGACAAGGAUACAGGAUAAUUAG